AUGUCCCGUCCAGAUCUCCAUGUGAGGACGCCUCCCUCCACCUCCUCCUCCUCCGCCGAGCAGCCCGUCAGUCCGGAGCUGCAGGGUCACCACCCAUGCUUCCCCGUCGCCAACGACUACCAGCACCUCGGCUACCAAAUCCAGGGGCCCCAGUAUGGAGCCCAGGGGAACCUCCGAGCCUUCGACUGCCCCAGCAUCCAGAUCACCUCCAUCGCCCCUAACAACCAUGUAGAGCCGGGCGGUAUCCAGCAGGCGUUGGCGGUGGGGGGGGCGGAGGGGGGUUACCUGGAGGCGUCGUGGCCCCGAGAUCAGCUGUUCCUCCCUUUGGACCCCAGUUACCGGGACCCGGCGCUGUGCCCGAGCCCCUGCAGCAGCCUGUCCUCCAGGAGCUGGAUGUCCGAUCUCUCCUCCUGUGAGUCUUUCUCCAACGUGUGCGAGGACGUGGAAGGGGAGCUGCGAGACGCCGCCCGCCUCGCCCUCGGGUCCCCUCUCGGGUCGCCCGUGGGGUCCCCGGGGUGCGGGGGCGGGGCUUUCGGGGUGGAGCUGUGGCAGCAGAAGUAUCAGCACCCGUCGGCCUUCAGCCCGGCGCUGUCGCCUCAUCAGUCGCCCCGCCAGUCGCCGUGCCACUCGCCUCGCACCAGCGUCACCGAGGAGAGCUGGCUGCACCGACGGCCCACCUCCAGGCCGUCCUCCAGACCCACGUCGCCCUGCGGGAAACGUCGCCACUCCAGCGCCGACCCCCGCGCCCGCUCCCCCUCCCCCUCCCCCCACCACUCCCCGAGCCCGACGCCAGGGGCCUCGCCGCGGGGCAGCGUGACGGACGACACCUGGGUUGGGAGCCCCGCCGGAGCCAUGGGGGGGCUCUUCAUGUCCGGCUGCUACCAGGAGCUGGACGUCCCCUCCAAGACCAGGAGGACGUCCGGGAGUCAGCUGGGCGACGGAGGACUGGAGGAGCUGAGGACUGUGAUCCCGUUCCAGGAGUCUGCUGGAGGGGGGGGCGUCGGGGUCGUCGGGGGGGCGGAGGAGGCGAGGGAACAGGACGGACUGGCUGAGCUCUUCCUUCAGGUUCCUUCACACUUCAGCUGGAACAAACCAAAACCAGGAAACCCCCCUUUGUUCAGGAACUCGUCUCCUCCUCCUCUCGAUUGCCUUCUGCCGAGCCGGUUUGACCAGUAUGAGCUGAAGCUGGAGGUCCAGCCCAAAUCCUACCACAGGGCUCAUUAUGAGACGGAGGGCAGCCGAGGGUCCAUUAAGGCUCUGACUGGAGGACACCCGCUCAUUAAGCUGAGUGGAUACAGCGAGCAGCCGGUCAGCAUGCUGCUGUUCAUCGGCACCGCAGACGACCGAUACCUUCGUCCGCACUGUUUCUACCAAGUCCACCGAGUGACGGGGAAGACUGUCACCACCAGCUGCCAGGAGAAGAUCAUCGAAGGCACCAAAGUGCUGGAGAUCCCCCUGCAGCCGGAAAACAACAUGUCUGCCAGCAUCGACUGUGCCGGCAUCCUGAAGCUGCGUAACGCUGACAUCGAGAUGAAGAAAGGCGAGACGGACAUCGGCAGGAAGAACACAAGGGUCCGCGUUGUGUUCAGGGUCGCUUUGCCUCAGCAGGGCGGCCGGACGCUGUGGCUGCAGACGGUGUCCGUUCCUGUGGAGUGCUCUCAGCGUUCGGGUCAGGAGCUUCCUCACGUGGACAGCUUCAGUCCGACCAGCUGCUGCGUAGACGGAGGAGACGAGCUGCUCAUCACUGGAUCCAACAUCUGCCCACAGUCCAAGGUGGUGUUCAUGGAGAAAGGACAAGAUGGACGGUCGCUGUGGGAGGUCGACGCCAGAGUUUUACCUGAGAAAAGCAGCGGAUCCAGCAUCGUGGUGGAAAUCCCUCCUUACAACAAGAAGACGACGAGUCCGGUCCAGGUCCAGUUCUACGUCUCCAACGGGAAGAGAAGAAGAAGUCUAACGCACACCUUCACCUACCUGCCGGGAGACCGACGCCACCUGCUGGGAGGCACUGUCGCCGGGGUCGUCGCCGGGGCAACGCAGGUCAAACAGGAGCGCUGGGAGCCGGACCACAUCUCCCACAAUGCACCUGGCUUCUGUCACGACCGAGCGCUCAGCCCAGAUUUGGUUUAUUACGACGCCUGCAGCCUCCCGGUGCAUUGUGCUCCCGUUAGCCAAACCGCUCCUCGUCUUCAUCACCCUCCUCACGCCUCCUUAAUGUUUCCUCACACCUCCUCCUCCUCUUCCUCCUCCAUCCCUCUCCACACCUCCUCCUCCAUCCCUCUCCACACUUCCUCUUCCUCCAUCCCUCUCCACACUUCCUCCUCCAUCCCUCUCCACACCACCUCCUCCAUCCCUCUCCACACCUCCUCCAUCCCUCUCCACACCUCCUCCUCCAUCCCUCUCCACACCUCCUCCAUCCCUCUCCACACCUCCUCCUCUUCCUCCAUCCCUCUCCACACCUCCUCUUCCAUCCCUCUCCACACUUCCUCUUCCUCCUCCUCCAUUCCUCUCCACACCUCCUCCUCUCCCUCCUCCAUCCCUCUCCACACCUCCUCCUCUUCCUCCAUCCCUCUCCACACCUCUUCCAUCCCUCUCCACACUUCCUCUUCCUCCUCCAUCCCUCUCCACACCUCCUCUAUCCCUCUCCACACCUCCCCCUCUUCCUCCAUCCCCCUCCAAAGCUUCGUCAUCCCCCCUCAGACCUCCGCGAUGCCUCCCCAAACCUCCGCUGUGCCCCUGCAGAGCUUCACCAUCCCGCCUCAGCCUCCCGCCUCCUCUUCCUCCUCCUCCUCUUCCUCCACCCUUCCUCCCCAAACCGCCUCCAUCCCCAUCCCUCCUCUCAGCUCCUCCGGAGGGCAUCAUCACAGGGAUCAGUCGUCUCCAUGUCUGAUCCCAGGAGAGCCUUCGUCGCCCCCGUCGCUGCCCCCCCUGUCGUCGCCCCCCCUGUCGUUGCUGUCGCUGCCCCCCCCGAAGGAUUCGAGAGGGGCGCUGAGCAUCAAACAGGAGCCGCAGGAGCCGAAUGCCGGAUCUCUGGGCCUCCAGGAGAUCACACUGGAUGAUGUGAACGAGAUCAUCGACCGAGACAUCUGCAGCCUGAGCGGCGUCGUCCAGCCCGACCAGUUGGACCAGUACCACCAGUACGACUGGGAGCACAAGUCUGGUGACGCUGCCUUACCGUUCUGUGGCGGUCCUCAGUAGACCCGGACCGUUGUUCCCCUCGGUUCUCCUC